CGCAUGCGCCGAACGCCAUCUUUGCUGCCUCGUGAGCACGUCAGUGUAUCGUGCAAGAACAAUAAUAUUAGGAAUUAUCAAUGUAUUCGGAUUGUGUUCAAGAAUAUGUACAAUGAGUGAGCCUAGCUCAGAUGGAAGCCCUGGAAGGCAGAGGCGGUCCACAGAAAGGAGCAGAGAGAACAUCCGAGAAUAUGUCAAGCUCCUGAGUCGGAAGGUGACUGGGUCGCCCUCUGGUCACCGAACCCCAAGACUCCUUAGGGAGGUCAAAAUGUCAGAUGGGGGUUCAGGUCACAAGUCCAAGUCAGAGGGUGACACCUCUACCUCCCCAGCUCACAUGAAAUUGUCCAGUAAGAACCAGGAAAGUGUAAAAGAGAAGCAACUCAAGAAGGGCAUUAUGCAAACCAAGAAAAUAAUGAAAUCCAAGAAGAGUUCUGGGUCAACUAGUGUAUCAGUUUCUGGAAAAGCUGUAGAUAAAGAUGAGGCUGAAAAGUCAGGUGUUAUAACUAAAGUUAAUACAUCUAAGGAAAAAUUAACAAUGCCAGUACUGAAAAGUGCAAGAACUCAAGAUAGGGAUAUUGAGCCUUCAACCAGCAAGGAUGUUAGUAAAUCAGAAAGUGCAGAUAACUCUGUGGAGAAUGAAUCUGACAUAGACAGUAUUAGUUGCUUUGAAGAUUUUGAUAAGUUAGACACCAGGGAGGAAAUGCAAUCCCAACAAAAGACCAUGGAAAGAAACAAAGUUUCAACACCAGAAAUAAGUAGCAAAAGGUCCACUCCCAAGUCAGGACGUGGUGUGGACUGCAAAAGUGAUUCGCCACCUGACCUCAUCCUCUUCCUGAAAGAAGGCAGAGGGAGAGCGCAGAAUUACAGUGAGCCUCCUACACUUGAGUCUGAAACUAUUGCUACCAGGAGACGGACACGUGUGCCUGCUGAUCCUAAAACUAUUGACAUAAGUAAAAAGAUAAAUGCAUCUCAACCAAAAGGAAAGAAAUAUGUCAAAGGUGUCCAGAAAAAAGAGAGUAAAAGAGAAAAAUUAAAAGUAUUAGAAACACCAGAAUCCUUGAAAAGAUUAGCCCAGGGACUCCCGUUAAAGGACCAGAGCAAGUCUCCAGUCUUGGUCAAACAGGAAACUCCCAAGACAUCAUUGGAUGUUAAACUAAAGAAGCGAAUUAUGCUUAAGAAUAUAGUAGGAGAUAAGAUCCUUAAACAGGAGAGAACUUCCACCCCAGUGAGUGAGGAGGAUGGCUCUGAAAGUGAGGAUGGCAGGAAGCGAAGAGGGAGAAGAAGAGGUCACAGCAGUGAGUCCACCUCUUCAAUUGAUGAAUCGCAGCUCUCUCCAGUUAAAAUGCUGCAGGGUAUUCAAGUUGAUCAUGAAGCAUCAGUAGAUUACUUGAAUCUUGAUUCUGUUUUACAGAAGGUACCUGAUAACAUGGCAAGUGAUAAGAUACCCAUUGUCAUUAUGUCAAAUUCUGAUCAAGAAGACAAACCUUCCAAAGCAAUGCCAAAGAGUCGCAAGUCUCGGAACUUUCUUGAAGAUAAAGCCAAAACCCGAGCUUUCAUGAAGUUGGCUUCAUCAUCCAGUGAAAACUCUCUGGAGGGCAAGGAGGAGCUUAUGACUUGUAUAGAAGACAAAGAUACCACAGAAAUGGCAGGUUCAUGUUCACAAAAAAAUGUGAAAACAGAAACAGUAACAUCAAAGAGUAAAGGUUCAAGAAAAACACAAAAAACAGACAUUAGUAAGGGUUCAGAUGUCCUUUCAAAUGAAAAAAACCCUUCUGUAAAAGAAAAAGGUAUUACAGAGAUAAGGAGCAUGGAUUCCAAAUUAGAUUCAAGAAAUAGUAAAGAGUCAGAGGUUGGUGAAGGAAGCAAACAUAUACUGAAAUCUAAUGAGGCUUUUAAAAUUAGCACUUCACUCCCAGUGAAAGGUGAGAAGGAACAAGCCGCAAAGGGAUCCCCUUUAAUGGUUAGAGUAUCAGAUAUUAUUUCAUUUACCAUGGCAAGCAAAAAUCAGAAACCAGGUUUGGCUGGUGGAAAAUUCAAUAUUAGAAUGCAGAAUACUGAAUUAAGUUCCUUGACUGGUAGAGUCAAGACUGCUGAAUCAGGAUCAAGUAUGAAAACCAUCCUGCUCAAGGGAGAUAAAGCUAGUGUUCUACCCAAAGCUUUUAUCAAAGUCGGUGAGAUAUCUGGACAAGAUCAUUUUCUCAUUCCUGGUAAUUCCCUGGGUCAAAAGUAUCCAGUAAUAGACUACACAGAUAUUGAAACUCAAGAAGUGGUGGUUGGAGGAGAGCUGGAAGAUCCAAGUUCUCAAUCCAUGAUGGUUGGUCAUCUUCCAGAGGAGAUGGAUUUGAUGGCAAAUGAAGAAUUAGGAUCCAGUAGUGAAGAGGAGAGAACAAAGUCUCCUGAACCCCAGUGUUCUACAAAGAAAGAAGCUCUCUCCCCAGAAGGAAAGGUAGCUUUAGAUCACUCAUAUUCAUCAGGUAGUAGUGAAGGAGGGAAGGUGGUCACCACCUCUAAAAAGAAGUCAUUGCCAGCUUCAUGUGAUAAACCUCUCACUUCACGACCUGUGUACAGUAGUGCAAGCUUAGCCAAAAGAUCAUUAGAUAUAAUGUUGCAUAAUGACAAGAUCAAUAUACUAAGACAAAUGAGCCAGAUAUUUAAUGAUGAAAAACCAAUUCAACCUGAGAAGGGUCAGUCAGUGUCCAGUUCAGAAGGUGAAGGGGAGGAAGACAUGAGCAUUGCAAAAGCUAGAGAUGAAUUUAAAGCAAAAGAAAAAGCAAAAGCAAGUGAGAUAAAGAAAGAAGACAAGCAUUACACUGAGAGUUCUGUAGAGAAAGACAAACAAACAAGUAAAAGUUCUAACCAGAAAUUUUUGCAAAAGAAGUCUGCAUCCUUAAGUAGUAACCUGAUACCUCCACCAACAUCUGUGAAGAAGGGUCAUUUGGAAGGGUGUCAAGAAAAAAGGCAGGUUGAGGAAGUGAAAGUGCCAAGUAAAAAACAGGAGACAGAACAAGCUCCUCACUGUCAGCGUGAAAUUGGGAAUUCUAGUAAGAAAGAGGAAGAAAUUGCAUGUUUUAUCCUGGACAUGUCUGAAGACCCCAAAGUGCAUCAUGUGCCAGUGUAUUCAUUGGUGCCAGAUGAACAGAUCAGUGUGCAAAGUAGUGUUGGUGCUGGAGGUGAGCAUGUGGAUAUUGUGGAUGGCUUUUCCUUUGUUUCAUUUAAUAGCUUGGAGGAGCUGAAUACAUAUACACAGAAACAGAGGGGGAAAUUAGAUAAGAGACACUGUCCAUGGUUGAAAAGGAAGUUGAAGAGGAGAAAGAAGCUAUUGAAGGCCAAGAAGAAAGGAACAGAAGAGGUGAAGAAUUCAAAUGAAGAAAAAGGAGACCCAAGCAUAUCUAGUGAACAUUCCCAAGAAAGUAGUAGUUUUAACAUUUCUGGAGCAUUUUCAAGCAACGAUUUGGAUACUUACCUGAACAACAAUGCGCAUCUUAAUAUAAGCUAUGCCAUACCAAAGUGCAAGACAACAGAGGAGGGAGUCACUAGACUUAGGGAGGAGGAACUGCUGGAAGAUGUUAAACGAGCUGAGCCACCAGUGAGCUUUCCCAACCCAGUGCCAAGUGAGAGCAAGCCCAGUGAGACAGGGAGCAAUGGAGGAAGUCUACACACAGGAGAGAUGGAACCAUUGUCACAUGACGAGAUACAUUAUGAAGAAGUUAAUGCUAUUGAUAUCUUAUAUCCAAAAGAAAAGUAUAAAUAUUAUUAUAACAAGGAUUUAUGUAAAGAAACAAAAGCAGAUGGGUCAAAUGUAUUUGUUCGGAGAGCUGGAAAGUUGGUCCCUCUCACAAGUGUGUUCAAGAGUCAGAGAACAUCAAUGACUGAAUCCAAAAAUAAGAAAACAGUUGAGCUUGUGUAUGUUUAUGAUGGAGGGAAGCUUCUCACACUUGGGGGAUCUCUUACAAAAAUUAACCCAUCAAACUCAGACUCAGUCCGUGCUAGAGUGAUAUUGCCAAUUGGUGUGCCACCUAUUGUUAAAGGAGAUGCUGGGCAAACAAAGACAAAAAAAGUCCAGGCUGUAGAGAUUAAUGAGGAUCUAGCCAAAUUUGCUUUAUCAGCACUUCAGAAUCCAGAGAGCAAAGAUGUAAAGUUGCCAGAAGAAAAAAAUGAAGCAAAGCCAGAAAUUGAGGAAAAGCCAGGAUCAGUUGUGGAAAAAAUAGAAACAAAAGUAGAUGAACCAAAACAGACAGUUAAAGACAAAUUAAAGGUGCCUCCCAAAAUAACAAAAGUCAUACCAACUAAAAGAAAUAUAUUAGACAUCAUUGCUGCAAAGCUUGCAAUGUCUGAUGAUGAGAGUGAGGAGAAAGAAGAAGAAAUAGAGGAGAAUCAGCCACCAAGAGAUGAAAGUCCUAUUGUAGGAGCAGAUACAAAAGUAGUUCAGGAAGAUACAAAGGAAAAUGUAAUGCUAAAAGAUGAAGAUGAUAAGAGCAAAAAAGCAGAAAGUGUGAAGGAAUGCAUGACCCAGUCAGAUGAAGAAGAUUCUGAUAUAAAGAAAAGUAAGGAAUCAGAUGUCAAAAAGACAGAAAUUGAAAAUGAAGAUGAUUUAAAACCUAGAAUGAAUAUGGAUUUUGACUCCAACAAAACAGUGGAAGAUACAAAGCAGGAAACUGAAUCAAGUGAACAUGAAAAAGAUAAUAACAAAGCAACAAGGAGUAAUGAAUUUGAAAAUAAAUCGUUUAAACUAUGUUCCACAGGUGAUUCUGAAUGUGGAGAUGAAAAAGAAGUAGCAGGAGGAAAAAACAAGAUAAGGGCAGGUGCUCUGAAUAUGCCACACAAAGAUGGCAAGACUGAUUCAUGUAUAAAUGAGACUAAAAAGGAUGACAGGUAUAAAGAGACACCAGCUGCCUUCUCCAGGAAGGACUCAGUCCAGGCUCCAAGUCAGAAUACAGGGUCAGCCAGUGAUUCUAAAAGCACAAGAGAGAUCCUUGAUGAUGGGCAGAAAGUUAAAAAACUCAUAUCAGUACCAGAAGAAACGGAGAAGAUAGAAGCUUGCAAGGGUGAACGUGAAAUUCAGAGUUCAAAAGUGGCAAGUGAACAAACAAAAGCAGAGCAGCCAGUAUGUGCUACUGAGGAAAAUGAUAGCAAGACUCGUACCUUUAAAAAGAAUAUGUACAGAUUCCCCUCGCUGUCAAGAGAGAUGAAGCGGCUUAACAUGAACUUUGUAAAUUACACAAUGGAAGAAACAAACCAAGAUGAUCAUGAAGCUGAUGAGAACAAGAUAAAGGAUGUAUGCACACAUGAGCAUUGCUUGCUAGGCUGUAUAUGUGAUACUCUCUCCUGUAGGAGAAGAGACCCAGAGCAUUGUGGCCGUGUGGAGUGCAUGUUUGAGUGCAACUGUCGGGAUGAGAGCUGGAAGCAUGCAGUCUCGGGGAUGGGUCGAACCAUGAAUGCUGUCUCCAUCUUCAACUUGGACCGGGAGCAGAAGGAAGGCCUUGCUCUCAGGGAAAAGGAUUUCAAGAAAACAGUUAUUCAGACUGGAACAGAAGUGAUCUUGGUGGGAGCAGAGAGGAAAAAGAGGGAACGCAGGAUUCCAGGCCGAUACAGAGACUCAGCAGUUUGGAUGGGAGGUGAUCUGGUGGACAUGGAUUGUACGUCAGUUACUGCAGAGCCUGAGGUGCCACCAGAGCCUGGAUUUCAAGAAAACAGUUAUUCAGACUGGAACAGAAGUGAUCUUGGUGGGAGCAGAGAGGAAAAAGAGGGAACGCAGGAUUCCAGGCCGAUACAGAGACUCAGCAGUUUGGAUGGGAGGUUUGUAAUGAUUAGAUGCGAUGGUAAUGCAAAGUGGGAGAUUGUAGGUGUUGUACAAAAGAAAGGUCCUUACGUCACCACUAAGUCGAGUGAGCAGAAGUCCAAAGGAAAGCCUGGGUUGCCUGUGCCACAGGUUGUUGACUUGGAAGAGGAAGAGAGGCAGAAAGAGAAGGCAAAGGAAAAACCAGAUAUUGUCAUUUUGGCUGACUCGGAAAACAAUGGUGAGGAUACUGAAGAAAAAGAAGGAGGGGCUUGGGAAGGCAGUCUCCCUCUCAUAGCCAGUGUUCAUAGUGCCUCUGAUUCCAGCAUUGCUGACCUCAUGGACUUGAAAGAUACAGCUGUCAGUAUAAGUGAAGCCCUUCCUACUAGAACCACAAAGGAGGAUGUCUCCCAGGAGUUUGAGAAGAGUUUGGUGCCUUUGGAAGGAGAUGAGACCCCUCCUACACCUGAGGUUGAAGCUGGGGUUCAGAAGAAGCAAAUGACCAUUGAUACAAUUUCUUUGAAGAAAGUGAAGGCUCUUCCAGACCUAGUACCAAUAAGAGAACCCUCCAUAGAUGUUCCUUCUAAAGAGAGCAUAGAAAAAACAAGUACAGAUACCCCUAUUUCUCCAGUUGGAAUGAAAACUAUCAAAAUAAAUCAGACUAGCAAUCGUAUUUUUGGUGAUUACAAUAUUGUUACAUCAACUCCUUUUGUUCAGUCCUCAAAAUGUUCACCAUUGAUUAAUGUAACAUCAGCUUCAUCAUCAUUGUGUUCAACAAAUCCUGUGAUAUCUUUGCCAGGUAGUGCAGAGGGCUCUAAAAUAUCUCAUACUGUAACUUCUAGUAAGGAUGCAGGCUCUUCUCCCUUGCUAGUUCAAGUUGAAAAUACCUCUUUGAUCUCAGAAGACGAAAAAUUAGUAUCACCUCUUAGUACGAAAAAGAUUAAUCUUUCGUCACCUACUUCCUCAGGAAGUGCAAUGUUUCGGCCUCGUAUUCAGGUCACUCAUGGAAAAGGUAUUAACCCAACUUUGCAGCCUAGAAUGGCAGCCACAAGUACAGUUAAUCAUAGAAUGUUAUAUAUACCUGUCAGUUCAAGUGGAAUGUCAAAAAUGGUUCUGAUGCCGUCUGGUAGUAGUGGACCAUCACGAAUGUUAUUCAUGUCACCUCCCAAUAAAACACCAUCUUCAGGUGUUGUACAGGAGGGUAAUAAGAUGAAAAUGGUAAUUGUUCCUUCAGCAGGAGAUAGAGGGAAAAUGGUAAUCCUCCCUUCUCACAGCAUAGACACUAAUGUAGCAGCAUUGCCUCUAGCUGCUGCCUCAGAAAAAAAUGUAGAAACAGAGAAGAAGUUCAUUUUACUUCCACCUUCUCAGGGACUGAAUUUUACUGGAUCUUUGGACAACAAGUCUGUCAGCAUCCCAUCCAUACCCACAAAUGUUCCUGAGGUUAAUCUUACUGAAAAUGUAGUGAGUAAUAAGCUGCAAGGUACAUCUGCUCAACCAGUGGUAGUUGAAGAAACAGCAGCUCAAAAACCUGAGAACAGUGAUGAUUCUGAUGAUGUAGUAGUCAUUGGGACAGCUUCAAAUACUCUUACCAUAACAAGAGUUAAAACUUCAGAGCAAGAAGUUUCACAGUUAGCAGGGAUUUCUACUGCACCUUCUGUAAUGAUUGUACCAUCCACUACAUCAGUAGUCUCUGGUGGUGGAACUGCACAGACAACAGUGGUUUCCUCAGUUUCCACUAUCUCAAGCACACUACCUCAGAUUUCCCAAGCACAAGAUUGUGAUAUUAUUGUUCCUGCAGGUACCAAGCCACCUGUAAAAGAUUGUAGUAAGCAUUUAAAAGAAACAGAAGAUAUGGUAAUAGUUAAAACAUCCCUUAAUGAAAACCAACUUAAUGCAUUACUUCAGAACACGCAUAAAGACAUGCUGAAGAACGCUGAAUGUCCCCUUGACGGCUCAGAUGUUACACACAUGAAAAAGGACACAUCAGAUGCUAGUCAAAGGAGGGAUUUGUCAGGUCAAAGCCAGGUCAGAAAGGAUAAAUCAGAUGCUAUCCCUAAAAAAGAAGUGGCACAUGACAAUAAAGAUAAAUCAUUAUCUCUAAAAUGUAGUUCAAAGACUCAUUCUCCUCAAGCAUAUCUAAAAAAUACAUCUGAAGUCCAAGAGUUAGAAAGUCGUCCUGUUCCUAUAAAAAAGAUGGGUUAUCAUUGGAGUGCAGUUGAUUUGUCUCUCAGUUUUAAAAGUGUGAAGUUGGAAUGGCUUCUUGGAACAAUCCGAAAAAAUGUACUUGUCAAUAUCUUUAGAAUGUCACAGAAAACUCAGUCCCCUGUUACCUUAAGUGUAAAGAAUGGAAGCUCAACAUCAAUGUUAUAUGGGUUAGCAAGGACGGGUCUUUCAGAUAACAAGCAACCUUUACCCAUUCUCAUUCUGGGAUCCAUUAUAUCUGCUGUAUUGAGCUCAGCAUCCACAACAGAUAAUAUGCUGUUCCAUGGAAAUGCAGUCAAAUAUUUUAUCCGGGAAGCCACAGGAGAGCUUUCCUCAUAUACUUAUGAUGCCACUGGAGAGUAUCUUGUCAAAUUAGCUUCAAAAAAGAGAGGACAUUGUGGAGAAAUGAUUGGUAUAGGAGAAAAAGUCUUACUUCAAAAGAUGAGAGAAUCUAACUAUGUGUCAGAGAACUUGCUUAUCCAGUCCCCUGAGAAGGGAAACCAUCCCAAAAAAUCGCAAGAGAGCUCAAAGAAAGGAAAUACUACUACACAAGACAGUGCUGGUUGCAGUUGUACUGCAAGUGGAGACUUUAUUUGCCUUGGUCACAGCACUCCAGAGAUGGAAUCAAAAUCAACACCUCAGCAGAAGCCAGUAUCUCAACCACAGUCACCAGUUGUAGUAACUUACAGUAAAGGAGCAAAAGAUGAUCCCCUUUCCCCAUCAAAAUCAUUGGGUGUGACUUCAAGUACAGAUUCAAAGAGUCAGAAUACAGUAGAAGAAGGAGAGCUUACAACUGUUGAAUCAGGUGUUCAGAGUUGUAAAACUUUAGAUUCUUAUGAAUUACCAAUACCAUCUGUUAGUCAUUCCCAGACUGGUACAGUUAUCAGCAAAAUGGAAACUGAAACUUCUCCAAGGAAACCAGAAGAAAGUUCCUGUCAACAGUCUUCUGCUGUAGUUGCAGGUAAAGACACACCCCAGUCUAUGAAGGAUCAUGUGCAAAGAGAUGAUAAAACUAGUGCCACAGGCCCAAUGGCUGUUAAAGAAAAAGAUGAGACUCAUACUGUGAACCAAAGCACAUCAAAUCCGGGGAAUGAAGGGCGGUUGACCAGUAGUGAAGCUGAUGAAGCAGAGGAUGUUGAUGUUGACAUUGAAGGAGAAUCUGAACAAGGAUCUUCUAUGCUGAUGCAGCUAAGACAGCAAGUUGCCUCACAGACCAUUACAGUGAACAAGAUGAAAGGCACCUACAACACCCCAGGAGAUAUUGCCAGGCGCCUCCUCUCAGUGAGUGAAACUGGUAGACGUACUGGGAUCAAAAGGAAAUCAGCAGACUUGCAGGACCAUAAGUAUGAGCGUCCAUGUCCACGUUCCAAGAAGAAGAUGCAUCAGAACAAACCACUUCCUGCUGUGAAAGGGGUAACAGAGCAAGAACCACGUCCAGGGCCAUCAGGGAUUAAGCAGCCAGUGAAGCCAAAACAGAGCACUCCCACUGCUUUGCUCAAGAAAAAGGAUCCCCUCCGUAUUCAGAAAAGGUUUUCAGAGAUAGAAGGAAUUGGUGAUGAACGCAGUGCUGUGGUGCACAAUGAGCUAGAAAGAAUGAGAAGAAGGCUCAUGAGCAGGCUUUUCAAGAACCUCCAGUAUUGGGCCUUAUACACACCAGAACAGUCAUCUGCUGAUGUGGUUCCUGUGCCCAAGGUGGCUGUCCUAAGCAUUGCUACUAAGGUUUGCAAAGAAGUGAAGGAAGAGGAAAUACGUUUGACUGCUCAAGAAGAAGAAGUUAGAGCUGAGAGGAGCAUGUUGAUCAAAAGACUGGCAUCAACGAUUGCAGAUGGCUGUAGGCAAGCUCUUUAUAAAAUUGUGUCCAAUUUAUACAUUAUAUGA